AUGCAUCUCGCUGCCUCUGCUCUGGCCCUUGCUGCCACAUCGGCCGUUGCCAACGCCGCCAGCGUCACCUUCUGGACCCUGGACAACAAGACCCGCACCAUUUACUUUACCGCUAACGAGGGCUCUGGCUCCUCCACGAUCCCUCCCGUCACAGUCAGUAACGCCAAGAAGAAGACGGUUGAGUUCCCCGAUGUGUGGGUUGGCAACUUCUACGCCGUCCAGGACGGCGCCGAAAACAAGCCCGGCAUGCUCGGGGAGAUCAACUUCGGCAGCUGGGGCGGCCUGACAUACUUCGAUGUCUCUGCAAUCGUCGACCCCAAGGACCAGGACAAUGUCAAGCAGAUGUGGCCCAAGAGCGCCCAGGCCCCCAUGUCUGGCUGCGAGGUCUUCCCUUGCAACAACGCCUACUAUCUCCCCGACGACAUCCAGACCAAAACCACCAAGGAGAACGACCUGAUCACCACUCUCGGCUCUGGCUCCACUGGUCUCAACUUCACCCAGUAA